CGACUACAAUGCGUAAAUUGCAAUAUGUGCCGUAAAGUAAUUAAUUCAAAAGCUAACUAGUAGAUUUUUGUUAAUUAGUCGAAUAUGUGUUUUGACUUGCGUAAAUUGUUAAUUUUACAAAAACUAAUUUCAUCAAACUAGAACAGGUACAAAGAAGAACUGUGCAUUUUAUUUAUAACACAUUUACAAGAACUUCCGUUACACCGCUUUUGAAAGCUAAUCUUUCUUCUCUGGCACAAGCAAAUUGUUGUUCGCAAUUUAAGUUCUUAUAUAAACUAAUAAAGGGGUCUUGCAAGGUGACAUAACAGAAAUCAUAUCCUUCUCAUCAGAUACGCUACUUGUCAGAGACAUAAUUUCACUAUAACUCCCUUUCCUCACGUAGCAACUCUUUCAAGUGUUCAUUCUUCCCAGGCACAAUAGUAGACUGGAACCAGCUAAAACAUAAUGUUGUCUCUGCGCCAACAUUAACUUCUUUCUUAUCAUGUUUACAGUGACAGUGUUUUUCUACUUUGAUGUAACCUUGUGUGUGCCCAACCUGUGUGCUUUGUAAUUAUUCAAAUAGCACUUUUAUUAACCUGUGCAUUUUCUGUACAUUAUAUUAAUUGUAUUAAUUAUGCUUGUACCACUUUGCUAAAAUCACUGCAUGCAGUAUUUAUAAAAUAAAAAUAAAUAAAAGCAAUGUGCACCUCUCAAUAAUCUAGCUCAAGGACUAAAAUUAUGUUAUCUGCAACAGGCUAUUCUUAAAAAUUCCAUAAAGAUUAUCACCCUGUAUAGUUGCAAUAUUUUGCCAACAAAAAGAGCAUCUACCAACAGUACUGCGCUGCGAUUUUGUAGCGAUGCCUUUUUCGAUGCUAUUUCUUCUUGAACUUUUCAUGCAUCAUCAGUGGUCAUAGUGAUGUUUUUCCCAUGUUAUCAAUGGGAUCAACUGGCAGUGAAGGGUGGGAUAAGAGUGCCAUUGAAUUGAAGGAAGGCAUCACUACAAAAUAACGGUCCUGCUGCUUUUCUCUCCAAGAGCAAACUGCAAUUAUCACUGCAACUGCAGCAAGACUUGUCCAUGGCCUUCCAUUUUUUGCAUGCGGAAUGCACGUUUCACGACCAUUUUGAAGGCCAAGCACUUAAUGUUCACUGCUAUUCACAAGCACUACUCUGUGAAGCAAUGGAAAGAUUUCUAUGCAUCCAAUCCAAGCAUAUUUGAGAAUAUUGCUGUCAGCUCUGGAUCUGGUGAAGCUGACUAUGAAAAGAUGAAGGCCAUUCUGAGAGAGAUCCCUGCAUUGCGCUACAUUUGUCUUGAUGUUGCAAAUGGUUACUCAGAGGCAUUUGUACAAUUUGUGCGAUCGGUCAGGGCAGACUUUCCAACUCACACAAUUAUGGCCGGUAAUGUUGUCACUGGGGAAAUGGUUGAGGAGCUUCUUCUUUCCGGAGCAGAUAUAAUUAAAGUUGGCAUUGGACCAGGCUCUGUCUGCACCACUCGCAAGAAGACUGGCGUAGGCUACCCACAACUCAGUGCAGUCAUUGAAUGUUCUGACGCAGCUCAUGGCCUUGAUGGCCACAUAAUUUCGGAUGGGGGCUGCACUUGUCCCGGUGAUGUGAGCAAGGCGUUUGGAGCAGGUGCUGACUUCGUCAUGCUGGGUGGCAUGUUGGCAGGCCAUGAUGAGUGUGGUGGAGAGGUGAUCGAGAAAGAUGGCAAGAAGUACAAGAUGUUUUAUGGCAUGAGUUCAGCCACUGCCAUGGAAAAAUACCACGGAGGUGUUGCUGAAUAUAGGGCAUCGGAGGGCAAGACUGUGCAGGUGCCAUAUCGUGGUCAGGUCCAAGCGACAGUGCUCGACAUCCUGGGUGGUCUGCGUUCAGCUUGCACCUACACAGGGGCUGGCCGGCUCAAGGAGCUUACUCGUCGCACAACCUUUAUUCGAGUUACACAGCAGCUGAAUCAAGUCUUCUGCCAAGAAGCCUGAGCAUGUGCUUGUGAUAUCUUCUGGGCUUGACAGAUGUCAUGUUUGACACAGGCCAUGCCCUGCGUGGUGUUUUAGAGUUACUAAAAGUGGAAGAAUGUCAAAAAAUGAAAAAGCAAAAAUCUUGUUUGACAUACUUUGCUGCCAGCAGAUAACGUAUAGUGCUUUUGAGAAUGACUGACUUGCCAGUGGCAUCCAGUGGUGGCCACUGAAGAACUGCUGUGAACAAAAGACACAUUUGAAACCUUGUAAAAGUGAGGCACAGGCUAUAAGCUGUAAGCAUUUUACUGCUUUUUUUUCCCUAAUAGUUCAGUAAAAAAAAACUUACCUAAACCUCAAUUCUGUCUAAAAGGCGCUUUUUGUGGGUGUUCAACACUGUGAACUACACUUGUGGAAAAAAAGUGAAGCGUAGCACAUAGGUGAAGCUGCACAGGUGAAGCGUAGCACAUAGACGAAAAGACAAGUCUGUGCCUAUGGUGUAUGCUUUUAAAUUAUAAUGUUAUGUAUGGUAAGGUUCUGCGUGCCGGGCUUCGUAAUGUCUCGCACAGGGCCCUUUAUUUUUGGUUUUUACGCUUUUAAGAAUUCGGCUGCGUCAACCAUAUAUGGCUGAGGCAGUGGUAGCUAAAUUGUGGGUAGUACAUGGGUUUUUGUACAGUUUCUCAUGACUUCGAAAGCAUUUUGUGGCUUCUUAGUUUUGUAGCCCAUUUCUCUUAUGUGCAAGCCUUGUGACAUUUCUGUGGAGCAGUUAAGUGUUAUAUGUACACAACUAAUUCACUUUAUCAGUUUAUUUCCAUUGCAUAAAAAUUAUGAGCACAUCACUAAAUCUAGGUGAUGUUUGAGAAGCAACAUUCACCUUGGGUAAUUAUUUUUGGCAUACUAAACAAAUGUUCUUACAUGUUUCAAAACUGUCAAGUUGUGAAAUGGGAGGCGAGGUGAAACUUAUCCUUGCAAUGCAUCAUCUUUGUAGUUAUAAAUUAGCUUUAAGAUGUGUUCUUAACUUGAGGAAAGAAGUUCAAACAAAUCCAUGUGCUGCCCACUGUUUCUUUACUUUCUUUGCUGCCAUACUAGUGGCUCAUAAACACUCUAGUCGCAGUUUUUCCUAUAGUAUUCUUAGGAUGACAGCAAAGUGGUUAAGGACAACUACUAGUGCACCACAGUGAACACUACAAACAGAAAUUAAUGGCAGGCAAAACGGAUGCAAUUAAGAAAAGAAAGUAAUGAUUGCUUGGGUGGUAGGCUCACAGCUGUAUGCUGAUUAUCGUCUUAACGCUAAUGAAUUUGCUUUCCUUGGCUCUUUUUAAUUGCAACCGAAUUCGAAAGAAAAAUAUGCAGAUCCUACGCAGCAGACAACGCGAAGUUUUGUCUUCUGUUUGUGUUCAUUGACAUUAUUUGGCGGUGAUAUAUUGAUGGCAUAGGACAGUCGUGACGUGAUGUGACAUGUUACCUUGCCUGCUAUGCUUGUGUUUGUUGUUCUUGCUCCGCUCGACACUUUAUGCGAGCCUUCGUCUCCUCAGCACUAAGUGCACGCUUCGGUGCCAUUCUGGGUUGUAGCGUUGUAGGUCGCGAAACUGCCUCCUCUCUCUCUCUAUUUCCUUGCUAACAUUCUCUCCACCUCCUCCCUCUACUAUCGUUGCUGUUGCGGGUGAGCAUGGAGACAAGUGCAGCAGCUCCUGCACUGCCAUUUGUGGGGGUCACACGGCGUCCAGAGGGCAUUGUGCACAUGCGACGUAGCAUAAAUGUUGACACAAGCUCCUCUGGUCGUCUUUACUUUGCGCCACGCUUCUGUCGUGUACUAAUGUGAUAACGUUAAGGGCCCCGUGUCACAGAAAAACUGGUGUUGGACGCCGCGGGCAUCGCUUGGCAAAUAGUCAUUCUGAACCACAACCACGCUGGCCCUCCAUAUGGUGCAUACCUUGUCUUACGUUCUUCACAAAGUUAUUCCUCACAAUUUUGAGAAUGACAGCUCAUAAACAAAUGUCAUGAAACAAAACACCGACAGCGCAUGCCUUUAAUGUUUUUGUGACAUGGCCACGUCUCAACCACGUCUUGAUGCGGCCGGCAUUAGCGGUGUGCAAGACCACAGCAGCAGCAGCGGAGAGUCAAAGAAAGCUUCGCUUUUCAAAAAAAUGAACUUGCUGUAUUCACCCCCCCCCUCCUCAUUUUCCCCUACUUUAAACCAAAAAUGCCGAACCCUAGUUAUGGUGCACUAACUGUUGGGCUAGUUGGUCUUGCAUAACUGAUACAACCAGUGACACCCCCAGAAAGGAGAGACAAGCGCUUGUCUUUGUCUCGCCUUCCUGUGGGUGUGUCUUCCAGUAGAGGGGAGUUGGUUGUACCAACUCCCCUCCCUUAUCAACUACUCCAGUUAUGGUAUUGGUAGCAUUAGUUCCUACUUUUUGACCUUUCAGUUUUUUCUCGCCUUUUGUUAAGUUUCAUAUAUAGAUGUGAAAUAAGUCUUUUUGCUGCUCACAGUGAUAAAAACACUGUAUGACUUGUUUUGCAAUGACUACCAGACCAGCUUCUCAGUUGAUCAACAUUUCCUCUUCAUUUACCAUGCCUUAGAGAAGCAUGGUAAAAGGACUGGUGUAUUUUUGGUGUUUUCAGUGUAGACCAUGCCAUAUAAAUUUUUAAAGCCAUAGCGACUGGCAUAUGCUAGUACUUGAUCAGGGUAUGUGGUAGCAAGUGUUUUGUCAUACGUAACUAUAGCUUGGUGUACAGGGAACAUUGCCUGGCCUUUACACAAGUUAAAGCAAACUGUUUUUAUUUUAUAGUUCUUCGUACUUUUUGGAUUGUUGAAACACUGUGUAGACAUUUUUACCAUAUGCUGCUUUUUACCAAAAGCACCUUGAAUUACUCAGUUCCUCUCGGAAGCAUUUCUUAAUUGUGUUUACAUUUAGCACCAUUUACCUUUUGAAUUUAUAUGAACGUCCUAAGCACGCAGGUGUUUUGUUGCAUCAGGGUUUCUGUUUUUGGAGUCUUGUUAACAUUGGGUGCAAUGUUAAAAAAUUAUACUGCAGUAUUUGGGUACACCUGGUUCCUUGCAUCACGUGUCUUGAUUCUAUUCAGGAAAUUUGAUGUGCCUUGGUUGUGCUUUUAAGCUAGCUGCGACACUCGUUGAAACUUAAUUAGUGGGCAAAGUGAUCUUAUGGAAAGGUCAAGUGACCAGUGCCUGAUUAUGUGUUGCUCUUAGACAUGAAUAGUUUUCUGUUAUUCGAUGGAGUAGUUUUAAGUCAUAUCAUAGUUCCUCGUUUUCAUAAUGCUGAGAGCAUAGGCUCGAUAAUGUAGUAUUUGAGUUUAUUUCAUGCAUUGUACAGCGUAAGAUGAGUGAGAAAAUGUUGCUGUUAGGCAGCUUGAGAAGACAACUCCUUUAACAUUCAUAUUAAUUGAAAAAUUUUAUCAUCAUUGUGCAUUUUGAUGUGUGUAGACUAAGUUGCAAAGAUUUAUGUCAAUUAUUAUUUAUGCCAAUUAUUAGUUACUGUCAUGUCAUUUUUGCAGCAUUUAGAUUGUAAAAAAGGGAUUCGAAAUUAUGCAGAUAUUACCCCUGAUGAGCAUGUUUGAGUUAUCUAACUAACUAUUCAAAAGUCUAUGAAGUCAACAGAUAAUGAGGCUAAAGAAAGCGUAGGGGAACUUUUUUUUUUUUUCAAUUGAAGUGUAGAAAUGAUAAUGUUACGAAUUAGAUUAGGUAAAGGUAAAUGAAAGUGGACGAAAAAACAACUUGCCACCGGUGGGAGCCCACAACACUUAAAAACAAUAAGUUCCUCUAUGCUUUCUAUGGCCUCAUUAUCUGUUGUCUUCAUAUGGUUGUGACUAACAAAAAAAUGGGCCCCUCUGUUUCGCUUCCUGUUUGCUCAAAAGCAUGUUGCAUGUGAAAGUUUACAUAUUCAGAUGUUUUCAUGCACUGUUGUUCAAGAUCACAUUGGACUGCUUGACCUGGGAGUGGAAACAGCAUGUGGUCUUCAAAUUUUUGGUGAAAGAACAUUCAGAGCUAAACACUAGUCUAUUGCUAUGUGUGUUUGGAGGAUAGCCUGAAGCAUGUUCAUCGGUGACCUUUAACGAAGGUUGUGAGCUCACUCAGCCUACACAAGUGACCAUGAAUAGGACUGCACGUAAUGAAUGUUAUUAGGUAUUUCACACCAACAGAAUAUUCUGUAUUAGAGGGGGAGGAAGGGUGCUGGCCAAAGAUACGAUAUGUAUGAGUCGUGCGUCAGUGAAUGGAGACUUUUUGCAAGGAUUUUAGCGUUGUGUUCAGUUAUUUUCGUAAGUUAUAUGCACAGAAUUUUUUUUUCUUUCUGGGCUGUUAUUGGGGGUGCAGGUUAUGAACAUGAAAAUGCGACAUUUUAAUGGAAACGCACUUAUUGAUGUCCUGUGGGAGAUGUUUAACUCCCGUCACACUGCUGGAUUACUUGAAGAGGUGUAUACUACUUGCAAGACAAUUUGUAGAGUGAUUUUUAUCUAAUUAACAAAUUCACUAACUUUGCAAUUAAAUCAGUCAAGAAUGCAUGUUCAUUUGUAGAAUUGAAGCUGGGCAGUAAUUAAGUAAUAUUCAUUUAGCAGAAAUCCAGUGCUUAGCUAUAACACACAUUUUGUGAAGUCUUGAAAAUAAAUUUUGUUGUGAAAUACACUGGCAUUCCAGUAAACAUUUACCAACACUGGAAAAUGGGGUAAUAAGUGUUUAUUCAAGCAUAUUUGCACUGUUUCAUUGAUUACAGCCAGGACAUACUAAGGCCCUAAAGUUUGACCUGAUAGGAUAUUGGCAACUUUUUCGUGACAACAUUGAAGGAAUGCUGUGUACCUUUAUUGGCAUUUUUACCGGUUGGGUGUUCCCUUUAAAAGUUGAUUUGACUGUGGCCCAGUCUGUUUGCUAUUUCAAUGGAUUUGCUGCCUUUCAUAGUUCCCUAUUCGGUAAUGAGUGACAUGUGCGGGAUGCUGCUAUUUAGACAAAACAAAAAAAAAAUACCCCUAAUGUGAUUGCAAGUGCCGUGGUGCUUCGUCUCAAGUUCUGUAUGUUCACAACUCCAAAGUAUUCCGGCUAUGUGCAGUGCUCACUUCCUGAAGGCACAUCAGGAUGUUCUCGGUUAGGUCAUCGGCUGUCUAGUCACUACGUAGAUUUUGUAAUAAGCUUGAAGUAGAAGGUUUCUGCAGUGUUUUCUAGUAGGAGUGUCAAGUGCCAUGCUUGUUGGCUUGUGCCAGUCAUGGUAUGUGAAGUAGGUUCAGUAGAUUGGAAAAAAUUAGCUGGUUUCUUGGAAAUCCAGUCAUACAUGUAUUUUUGUUUACAUGUGGCAUACUUACCACUGCACCAAAGUUUUCAUUGCACUCCGUUUACAUUUUUAUUUUUGUGCACCUUAGUUUUAUUCUUUAGAUGGCUAUGAUUUUAGGUGCAGUGCUACUGUUAAGGUGUGCUAAGAGUCGAUUUAAGUUUGUAACAGUUUCUUGCAAUGUAUCCUUUGUAUUUUACUAUUAUUGUCUCCAGAAGAUGUGGGUUUACUUUGCCUCUGAGAAAGGAACUUGUGGCAAAGGUAAAGAUGAAUUUUGUGGUCUUCUGAACAAGUGGAGUUUUGCAGUCAUUUUGCUAUAUGGAGAAGAAAUCUCUGGUAGCCUUGAUGCAGUGUAUUGCAUGCUAUUCAAGUAUGCUUCUUUUACACAUUAUUGGUAUCAAUCCUAGUCCUCGAAUGUUUUUGUAUGGAUAGGAGCAAUGUUUAUAUAACACUUGCUCCAAGGUCUGAAUUUUUCAACCUUCCAGCGACUGAUCAUUUCAAAUUGUGAUGAUUUUGUUGCUGCCCGAUGUGAUUCAGUUUGCAAGUGAUCUGAUUAUUUUACUGUGUAUGCAAGUGUACUCAUUAAAUGGUUUUCGGAAGCUGUU